GAUGAUUUUAACAUAAGAAUAACUGAAAAAAGUGGUUUUGAUUUCAGUAAAUGUUGGUUUUGUGAAUCGUUGAGAAAACGUGCUACGAAGAAAAUCUUUGUGAAAGGUGGUUAUCACCUGGUGAAGUUUAAUGUGUUGUGGAAACGUGGUUUAAACCCACACUUUGUGUGAAAAAGAAAAAGUUUAGAAAAAAAAGCAAGGUGUCCAAGUGUUGUUGAAACGUCCUUCGAGAGGACUACUUUGUUCGGUCCUUCGUCUCUCGGUUAGAUUGUUUUCGUGGUGUCUGUUUUCCGAUCUUCGUUCGGUUUUAAACACAGGCACAAUUUUAAUUAUCCCGUCGUCGAAGCACCGGAACGAAAAGCGCAGCAGGAAAAUCCAUCGGUCAUCCUUUUUGCCGUCAGUUCACAGGAUUUGGGCUCGACUUAACUGAACGGACCUCAAAAGCAGGCGCCAACAUUCGUUGUCACCACCCCGAGCGCCCAAAGCAGGAAAGAAAUGGAAUGUUAGUGUGGCACGUCGAGCUGCCUGGUCGAGAUGCGAUCUUCGGUUGGAGAUAGUUUGAAAGUUAAAGUUCCGGUAGGCAGCAGCAACACGGCAACCGGCACGUGACCAUGGAACCUGCUCUCUGUGGUGUUCUGUACAAUAGAAGGAUUUCCGAAUAGAGCACCUCAACAGGUGAUCGCGAGAGAUCGAGCCAACGCAGUGUAUAGAUUCGUUCGCGCAUCUUGUGGAAUGGGAUUCUGCGCAGCGCCGUUUUGCAACUGAAACGUCAAAGUAAGCACAGCGCAACCUGGCAUUUAUGUACCUUGAACCGGGUAGUUGUCAGUUCGUCAAAGACCAGACCGGCACGUACGAGUGACAGAGAAAGCAACCAUGAACGCGAUGAACGUGAUCCGAGCGCCCUCUUUGAAGCGCGGCAAGAACGACGAAGGCUUGAACAACAGGAUAAAACUGAAGAAAAUCUUAGGCUUAACAGUAUGCAGCAAUGCAGCACUCGACGUGUCCUCCACAACCGGAGUUCUGGCGUAUCCGGCAGGCUGCACCGUGGUGUUGUUCAACUCGAAGAAACUGUCCCAAAACUUCCUGCUCAACACGGCGAAGAAAGCGAUCACGGCGGUCGCGUACUCGGAAUGUGGCCGUUAUCUGGCCACCGGCGAGUGCGGUCACAAUCCCUCGAUCAAGGUGUGGGAGCUGGACGCGAGCGGUGGGACCGGUUCGAUCGAGAACGGAGCGGCCGGUAGCAUCGUGGCGGAGUUCACCGGCCACAAGUACGCCGUCAGCUGCGUGGCGUUCUCGCCGACCGGGAAGUACCUAGUGUCGGUCGGCUCGCAGCACGACAACAUCGUCAACGUGUUCGACUGGAAGGCGAACCUGAAGAUUGCCUCGAACAAGGUGACGGCGAAGGUGGUCGCGGUGAGCUUCGGCGAGGAUGGCAACUACUUUGUGACGGUCGGCAACCGGCACGUGAAGUACUGGUACCUGGAGGGCAGCCGGAAGUACAAGGAACCGAUCCCGCUGAUGGGCCGCAGCGCCAUACUGGGCGAGCUGCGGAACAAUGAUUUCUGCGCGGUGGCGUGCGGUAAGGGCGAGAUGGCCGAGAGCACGUACGCCAUCACGCGGAACGGUCACCUGGUGGAGUUUAAUGCGCGCCGGCUGCUGGACAAGUGGGUGAUGUGCCGGACGAAUGCCGCCAACUGUAUGGUCGCCAGUACAAAGUACAUUCUCGUCGGAUGUGCCGAAGCCAUUGUGAGGGUGUUUAACGCCGAAACGCUCGAAUACAUUACGACCCUCCCGAGGACCCACUUUCUGGGGGUGGAUGUGGCGCAAGGUGUGCACAUAAAUCACAUGAUGGCGGUCCCGCAGGGUGCCAAGUAUCCGGACACGAUCGCGAUCGUGUACGACGAGGCCCGCUCGAAGGUGACCUGCGUGUACAACGACCACAGCCUGUACAUCUGGGACCUGCGGGACAUCCGACGGGUGGGCAAGAGCCACUCCUUCCUGUACCAUUCCGCGUGCAUCUGGGGCGUGGAAACAGUGCCAUUCAGCUACCAGCUGCAGCAGCUCAAGCACGGUUCCGUUGACACGCUGCCGUCGGACUGCUUCAUGACCUGCUCAUCGGACGACACCAUUCGCGUGUGGGACGUGGACAGCUGCGAGACGAACGAGGUGUACCGGAAGAACAUCUACAGCAAGGAGCUGCUGAAGGUGCUGUACAUCGACGACGAGCUGAACUUCAUCAAGGACACGGACAAUCCGAUACACAGCACGGAGAAAAACUCCAGCUACGAUGGACGCAACGGGGUGCGGUGUAUCAAGAUCAGUCCCGAGAGUCGCCAGCUGGCCACCGGCGACCGUAGUGGAAAUAUUCGAAUCUACAAUCUCAGUAACCUUAAGCUGAUCACUACGAUCGAGGCGCACGACUCGGAGGUGCUGUGUCUGGAGUACACGAACGAGCGCAUCGAGCGGCGGCUGCUGGCCAGUGCGAGCCGCGACCGGUUGAUCCACAUAUUUGAUUGUGAGGCGAACUAUCGCAUCCUGCAGACGCUGGACGAUCACUCAAGUAGCAUAACGUCCGUGCGCUUCCUCGGGGCAGGCAAGCAGUUCCAGAUGGUGUCCUGUGGAGCCGACAAGUCCAUCAUCUUCCGCCACUUCCAGAACAAUGUGUUCCUGCGCGGCAACAACUGCUCGGGCAAGAACACGCUCUACGACAUGGAGGUGGACAGCAACUGCAAGCACAUUCUGACCGCGUGCCAAGACAGGAACAUCCGCGUGUACAGCACGCAGAACGCGAAGCACACCAAAACGUUCAAGGGCUCACACUCGGACGAGGGUAGCCUGAUUAAGGUGAGCUUGGACCUGAGUGGCAUCUACAUCGCCACGUCCUGCACGGACAAGACGCUCUCGGUGUACGACUACUACUCGAACGAGUGUAUGGCACGCAUGUACGGCCACAGCGAGCUGGUGACGGGGCUCAAGUUUACCAACGACUGCAAGUAUCUCAUCUCGGCCAGCGGUGACGGGUGUGUGUUCAUCUGGCAAGUCCCUCACGACAUGAUUGUCACGAUGCAGGCACGGCUGUCCCAGCAGGCGCUCCGCUCUGGUCACCAACCGAUUCCACGCACCCUCCAGCCCACCAACCCGUUUACGGAUGCCAUUCUAAACCACCCGCCACCGGUUGUGCCGAACACGCCCGUUGGUGGUCCAAUGGCCGCCGGUGAGUUUGGCUCCCCGCCCAACAGUAACUUCCUGCUCGACGAUCCGCCCGUCACCCCGGGCUAUCGAUUUUCCGACGUCGGCCAACUGCCACAGUGGGCCAAACGAAAACCGACGGAAGAUCAGUCCAACUCACCCGUCCUCGGCAGUAGCCCUAGUCAGAGUGGAGGUAACUUUGGUGGUAUCGCACCGAAACCACGCGGUCGCUGGGGACAGAAGGGCGGUGGUCAGCUUGACGAUCCAAUGGACCUGCGGAACAUUGUUGCCGACAGCAGUCCACUAAACAUGACAUACGAACGGUCGCAACAGACACAACAGUCACAGCAGCAAAAUACACACCCGCCUGCAACAAACACUCCGACGUCCGGGUACAACAGUGGCAGCUCGAAGGAUGUCUACAGCAAUGCCUACCUCAGCGAGGACAGCUCGAUCGACAGCGGUCGAGAGAAUCGGCGAGAUCUGAGCUCGUUCUUGCACAAGAAGAUCACCGAAACGAAGGCCCUCAACAGCCUGAAUUCGGAGUCCAACACCGAGCACGACGGCGACGUCGAGGAUAUUUCGGAUGGGGAGCGAACAAGCUCGGACCAUGGUAUGGUGUACUACCCAUCGGCAGCACCAUCAACACCAACAGACUUCAAAAUCAACGAAAUCGACACCAACGAGUUGCGCAAGUCCAUGCGACGGCAGAAGCUGGAAAAGCAUGGCCUUAGCAUAGCGCCUCAGCAGAGUGCAGCGUCCGGUACGGGAACCGGCACGUCCGAUGACGAGGACGAAGGUUCAACCCCGAGCGGUGACAACGCGGAUCGAUCGCUGGCUUCCACACUCGGUGGUAGCUCGGAAAGUAUUCCGCAACAGUCAUCCUCUACCUUCCUGCAAGCAGUUCUCGAUGGUCCGGGAAGUCUUUCUGAUCGCGAACGAUCACAAGCACGUAAAAGUAUGAGCGCAAAGCACAACAACGAUUCCAAAAUUACCACCAGCCUAUCGAAAUCGUUCGCCAACAACAAAAAGGAGGAACUGAUGAAGGUGAUCAACGAAGCGAAAGCCAAAUUGGAAAAUGGGAUUAUGUUACAUAAUAAGCGGGACGGUAAUACCCCAUUAAAUUUUGCUCAGUUCAAGGUUGGCUACCGGUCCGGUCUACGCGCUAGUCAAAGUAUAUCCGACCUAAGCCACUCGAUGAACAUGUCCGGGGCAAGUCCGGGUCGUACGCAACGUAUCGGUGUAGAUAGUAGUUCAGGUUACCGAAUGUAUCCGCCAGCUGCUUGCGGAGGUCCACUUGGUCCAUUGGGGCCACCCUAUCUGUCGAACACGUCAAACUUCCUGCAUAGUGCUGCCCCGCGAGCAAAACUUGCCCAAAAUUGUAUCCUCAUGAAUCAAAUCCAGCAGGAGCUUCCACCGUAUCCGCACGACAUUGGUAUUUACGAUCAACCGACGGUUCCCCAGCGUCCCAACAAGCUGGACCUGGUAGAGUUGCCACCCGUACCCGCCGAUAAGCUUCGGAAGCAUCCAGGCAUACUGAAGAACUAUAAAUCUUGUCCUGUGUCGCCGGUGCACGAGGAACAAGAAUGGUCGAGUCCAUCGAAUCACGACGAAUCGUCUUCGCACAACGCUAAGCAGAAGCAAAACCAACACGAUCGUACCGGGCGGCAGGUACGUCACUCGAUGUACUACGAGGAUGCUAAGACGAUCCUCAGUAUGAUACACUCCGACACGGAGAAGAUGAUCCGUGAGAUUACGAGCAAGUAUGGUGAUCUGGACGAUAUUCAACCGGCCGGUGGUGCUGGCUCUUCGAAGGAUAAAGAUUCCGAACCACCAAAGGCUGCGGAGGAAAGCGUUCCAGUUUCCGCAGGGAAACCCGCCACCGAUGAGCAGCAUGAGCAUGGCUUCCUUUCAGAGGACGAACCGAACUUUAGCUCCGACUCCUUAGAAGAUUGUAGCCUCGAUCUGGACCUGGCGGACAGCCAAACGAAGGUGCCAAACAGAAGAAAAUCCUGUGCCAAACAUUCCGCGGCAAGUAAGAAAGGGCUUCCACUGCCGAAACGGUCCGUGUCCGACUACUUCAUCUACGAUCAGGCACCGCAACCGGGCCCGCCUCCGUACCGUAACGUAUCCCUCUCGGACAUCCUGGACGACGAUGAGGCGAUCCGGCAGGCUGAACAUCGUUUCCUCGAAACGCAGCGCCACUCGAGCGCCAGCUUCUUCCUCGGCCAGCAGUACCCGACGCGCAAGAGCCAGGAGAGCAUCCUCUCGGAUGAGUUCGGAAGCGGGGGCGGUGUAAGCUUCUGCAACAGCAUGGAGAGCAUCCUGUCGGACGACUCGGAGUGCAAGAGUGCCCCGCUGGAGGUGUUAUUCGGGAGGAUUCGUCGAGAUCAUUUGGCGGUCGGGGGAGGCGGGCACGGUCGUAUUGGAUCUAACUUCGAGUACAAGCUGGAAGCCGUCGGUGGUACGUCCAAGUCGUACGGAUCGAGUCCGAACGCGGGCAGCGGGUUCGAUUAUUACAUGCAAGGGAACUACUUCCACGCCACGGCUGCCGAAAGUAGCUACUACGGAAUGGAUAGCUUGGAGUACGGGGUCGCGGGAGGUCGUAUAGGUGAAUCUCGAUCGCCACAGCACGGUCGCGUCGCCAAUCGCCAAGGAGUCCCCGGAAUGCCAACAUCUUUAAGUUACCCCAGAUUUCUACCGAGCAUGCUGGUGGCGGCCUCUGCACCUUUGUCCUCCGGUCGGGAAGAGCUCAUGCUCGAUGUGGAAGCCUUUGAAGGGGAGGAAGAUUUCAUUCCCUCGCUAACGUCGAAAGCUGCCCAAUAUGGCGGCGCAACGGUUAAAAGUCUCAGCAAAGACUUUGCGAACCAGCGGAAGCAGAUGAACUCAAACCCGCUGUACAACUGUAACGAUGGUGGUGGUGGUAGCGGUGGCGGGGAAUUGUUCGUACGCAAGACGGUCAAUGCGACGACGACGAACCACCAUCACCAUCAGAUCACCCGAUCGGACAUCUUCGGUGGCCCCGGUGGAGGUAACGGUAGCACCACCGAAGCGUCCAUCUACGUCAUGAAAAAGUCGUGCAGCUUCGAGAUCGAAAUGGGCGGCCGAAGGAUAGCGCGCAACUCGAAAAAAUUCGAGCAGAACUUACAGCGCUUCGAGCAGGAACGAAAGCAAUCGAACGAACGCGCCUACCAGCAUCAGUUCGGUGGCACGCUGGAGAUGGAUUACGUGCCCCACAAACCCCCGGUCGCUCAUCGACGCUCGGCCAGCAUGAAAGGUCGCGGAAGGGUACGAUCGAAGGAGAAAUUUAACACCAUCAUCGGUCAGAUGACACUGUCGGCCGCCGAAGGGGGCGGAGUAGAUGCGGACGGUGUGGAUACGGUGUCGGUCGGAGGCACGCUGCGUGAUUUCGUGAACCGAGACUUCAUGCCCGGAAGCAAGAUGAUGUCCGUGUCGAUGGGUGGUGGGGUCGUGCGUCGUGCGGAAAUCGGUGAGGAAAAGUCGUUCGAAGUGUACGUGGCGGAGAAAGGGGUCAGCGAGGACGACAACAUGGACAGUCUGGAGAUGAUUUCGAAGGCACGUAGCAGCUUUGCGCGGAAGGAAAAUUCUACCGAUUCGCUCGACGUUCCCGACGGCGGAGAUGCGACGGAAAUUGGCGUGGAAGCGGUAGAAGGGAUGGAACCCGCGGGAGAUAAUGCCGCGCAAGAGAUUGGCGAUGACGCGAUCGUGGCGGAAGAAGCGCUGGAAUCGCCGAAUAAAUGCCGUCCACCAGCCGCACCGGGUGGAAGUGAGUUGGAAAAGCUGAUCGGUUGUGGGCUCCUCUCGAGCGGAGAGUACAACAAAUUCCUCGACAUUGAGAAGAAGAUCGACAUCAUCAAUAAGCUGGUAGAGUUGGAGGAACGUAAGCUCGAACAGGAGCGUACCGCCAAGGAAUAUCGCAUGCGGCCGUUCGAGUGCGACCCACGCCAGAAAGGGUACGUCAAGAGCCUGACGGAGAACUUUGAUCGGCUCGCGAAGGACGCCCAGGAGGAGCUGGAAAAUGAAAAAAGCUGGUACCUGGCGAAGGCGCGUAUGAAGCGCAACUUUAGCCUACCGGAUGUGCUCGAUUUCGGCGCGGAUCGUUGCUGUCAAUGUGGCCAACGCGAGCGAGACGUCGAUGAAGAGGAGGGCGAAGAGGAGGAUUGCGCGUGUUGUUGCGACCAAUGUGACGGAGGACACCAUCGCGGGGCGUACAAGCAGAAGGACGAGGAGGAACUGUCGGAAAAGGAGGAAAACUCGAUGGCGGCUGCCGUUGCGGCUGUUGCGGCGGCUGUGGCGGCCAUCAGUGCCGCGGCUGAUGCCGAUGAAGGCGGUAAUCCCCGAAGCUUAAUCUCUGCGCAAGAUAGUGAAUCAUCGAUUAGACGUGCUUGCUCGCUUAGUGAUUUGAGUAUGGGAAAAGGUUACAAAUCACCCAAUUCGUCAACAGCUGGCCAACCGUACAAACCGGCCGUAGGAACCCGACUCACCGGCACGCCGACGCGAAACACGCCGAAACGUAGCACCUCGUCGGUGGGAAAGGGUGGCGCAUCGCUGUCCGCCGGAAUGGGUGUACGUAGCGUUUCGGUGGGAAUGCUAAACCAGGCGAGCGACUCCGAACCGGAACCUGCGAGAGACCGCGGCGGGCUUCUAAAGCCGACAAUUUCAUCACAGAACAAAGUGAACGGCACGGGCAAUGGCAGCGGAAGCCCUAGUGGAAAGUACAUCAAUCCCCGCAGUGCGGCAGGCAUCAUCAACCGAAGGAAAGGCCUUCAGAAUGCCUAUAGCAGUGUGAAUAUUUCCACCACCGGCCAGGAUGAGUCCAGCUCGGAAGAAUCGCCCACCAGUACGGUCAGCAUCACACCAACGAAGCCAGCUGUUCCGCCACGCCCGCGAAGCAUCGCCUUCGAGCACAAGCGGAUAGCGAACGUAAACGCUAGUCUAAAUGCCAAGAAAUCGGUCACCGUCGUCGGACCAAGCACCAACACCAGCACCGUGAGCGAUACGAAUGGCAGCAGCAACAACAACGGUGGCAUCCUGCCAGCGAAGGACACCGAUCUGGACAACGCAGACCUUACCAACCAGCUCUGCACGAAUAUCAUCAACCAGCUCGUGCAAACGACCUCCUCCGUCAUACAGUUGCACCAGCGGCUGAAAGCGAGCGACGAGACAAGCAUCAACGGACGCAACAAUUCGCUCAUGCUGAAGGAGCUCGAAAAUGCCGUCAUCAUGACGCAAAAUAUGCUCACCAAAGUCACCAACCGCAACCACAACGACGGUAUUAACAAUAACAACCUGAGCAAUAACACCAACAAUCAAAUCAUGUACGAAAAGUGCGUCGACAUGCUCAACCAGGUGCAGAAGCAUGUGAACAACAAUGGUUAAGCUAGGCGACAUCACCAAUGCGAAAGUUGCCGUAGUCAGCGGACGAAUGCAAAAAAACAGUAACAUAAGAAAACAUUCCUCGAUUUUGUUUCAUUGUAAAUACGUGUUUGUACGUACACAAGAGAUAAGUUUUACAGUUUCUUCGUGAAAAUGGUAGUGUGUUCGAUGUUACGGUUUAGUUUGUUUUCGAACUUUUGCAUCGCAACAGCGCACUGUACGCGGUACGUAGAGCUCCGAUGGACUUGGGUGCGGUUUUCAACACGGACACGAAUUUAGGAGGCAAAAAGAAAUAAUAUAUCAGCGCCAUAUCUAGAAUGAUUUAACUUAAGGUACGAACAAAGGAAAAUGCGAUACGGAAAGCAAUGUAAAAGGGAAAAAAAUACACAUUUUAUUUAGUGAGAACAGCUAGUAAGAUUAGUCUAACAACAAGUUUGCCCAAGCAAGCAGCAGCGAACAAGAGACAGUUGUUUAAGUUUACCAACUAGGUUCGAUUCUAAUUCUACUAAUAAGCACACGAUAGGUUUUUCGGUUCGUACGCGAAAGGAAACCGAUUCGUCCAUAGCCAAGGAAAUUGUUCUAGCAGUAAAUUUUGUUAGGCCGAAAAGCGGUAACGCGGCUUGUUGAUUUAAUUGUGCAUUGCAAUAUGAAUUAUACCAAGCAGCCCCCGCGCUUGCUUGUACACUAAGCCGUCCAUGUAUGUGUUUUUGUUUAGUCGAGGUACACUUAGUUAGCUUAGUUUGUUUAUCAACGCGGAAUGUGCAGCGCAAUGUGGACCGGCGAGGCUUUGUUGAUUUGAAUUCGGUAACAGUCUUUCUUUUUGUGCGGCAAAUGGCUUUCUGCACAUCAAACAACCGAUUUUCUUCCCACUUUGCCGUACUCUAAACGAUUGGGAGAAAAUAUUCAUAAUACAAUCUACGCUCUCAUCACUAAUUUAGAAAAAAAACAGGUGUAUGGGAUGAAACGAUAAAUGCAUGACCGUAUGGAAUAGCCCUAAUCAGCUCCCAUUGCUAACCAAACCACAUACAUAUUUAAAUCAUAUUGAUUUACUUCCCUCAAUCGAAUUAGCUACAGGUAAUAACUCAACUCUGAAAACCGGAGACAGAAUAGGAAGAGAAAGUAAGGGUCACGAAUGUAUUUAUGUCAGUUUGCUUUCUUUCUUCUUCGUGGCGUUAGACACUAUUUGCGUCCAGCCAAUCGGGUUCAUGGGAGAAAGGGGUAACCAAGGAAUUUAGGAAAGGAUUUGAGGUCUAAAUGUGCUUUUUGAAGAGAUUGACACGGUUUGAAAAUGGAAAAACUGGUAACUUGAUUUCGAUGGAAUUGCUGUAAAUAUCUUGCUUACAAAAUGUAUUCAUACAUAUGUUCCAUGCUACGCAUUCCCGGAAAAAUGUAUUAAUUUUCCAGAGCUGUGAAGAGCUUUCCAAGGAUAAUGAUUCUCAAUACCCAGUUGAAGUCAUCGUGCGUUAGCAGACGUGAGCCCCCGGUAUGUGUUAAUAUAAAAUAUUGUACGAAUAACAUACCGUAAUGCCCCCUGGAAGCGGUAUUUAUUUCGUAGGAUUGAAAGUUAACUCUUCACCAGAAAACAACAUGAGCAACACUUUGUCUUUCCAAAAACGAAACACAACCUCAGAACCGAACAACAAAAAAUGCGAACAAAAUGUACCUUAAGACAGGCGUUUGUAUGAAACACUUUCCUUCAUCCCGGUCACUCCCACUACUGUCCCGUUUCGUCGUAAGUAGUUAGUGCGCGAGAGCAGAAUGCGCAAGAUAUUUACAAUUUGAGCGAUUUCAAGAGGCACACUUACGCCGUAUCGAAAAGGAAAUGCGAAAAGCAACCAGCAACUGGACAGGAUACUUCACUAUUUUUAACUCUCCUGUGAGGAAAAGAGCUAUCAGUGCACCAAUACAUUUUUAACACAUUCUAAUGUCCUUUAAAAUACAAACAGGGGACAAAUAAAGUGACCUAGUAGUAGGAGAACUGAAGCCAACCAUGUACUCUUAACCAACACGCGCCACAGGCCUUGGUCCCACGGAAAGCCAAUUGGAAGUAAAUUAACGCUAAGCUUUACACAUACACAUGAACCACUGGUACCACUGGUCUUAAACUUUUAUCGAGUCAAGUUCGUUCCCUUAUCAACAUUUCCCGUCGGAAAUAUAUGCAUAUAUUUUAGCCAAACAAUUAUGCUUUCCGUGGGGGCAUUGAGGCAUUGAGCACUGUCUUUCCGCGCCAAACCUAGUAGAAACAAGAGGAGAAAAAACCACUUAACAUUAGCAGGAUAGGAUUAGUUUUUGACUGUUGUAUGAAAGUUAAACUCGAUAACAAUUAAGAGUGAUACAUAAGGGACUACUCAGAAAGCGGAGUAGCGAAGGCCGCAGGAGCCGGCAGAAACGUGUUGAUGGUUACAAUUCUUAUCACUAUCGUAUUUUAAGUACUAUCCGCUAAUUCGCUACAUACCUAAUACCUACACCAAUUAUCAUUACAAUUACUAGACUCUUACUCGAUCGCUACUACUAAUCCCGUCGCUAGCCAAACAACACAACAACUGAUACAUUUACUCUGACAAGAAAGUGGUAGGUGCUGUAUUUAAAAACUCUUACAAAUGCAAAUACAAAACUCACAAUUUAUUGGACACAUGUGCAAAAACAAAACAAGUGCGAACGACGACUUCAAAGCCAACGCGUGCUUCACCGGAUGGAGCGAAGAGAAGUUGUUCAGUUUUUCUUCAAACCAUGCGGGUAACCGGUAUUGUACUUGGUAUGCGAUGGGAAUUUGGAAAAGUAACCAAUUGGAACUAAAAUUAGCUGACGACACUCGAAACGAACCGGCAAAACGGCGAUUGCUCCUACCACUACAAAGUUUGAUGAACGUAAUUAACCUAAAAUAAUGUCUUUCACACGUGCCCGUGGUCAUAUGUGGACGGACAUCGUAAUACGAACCUAACAAACGACGCGAAAGCGAAAGCGGGUGCAACAGAGCGAGGGAGGGAGAAAGAGCGCGGUGGGUUAGGGAAGAGAACGAGCUGAGUGGAUAAAGAAUCGAAAAUAUAUUUAAAAAACAAAAGACAAGACAACUUAAAACAAAACAGGACGCCUAAUAAACACCUGCUUUCGAUGCUGAAAGAAAUUGCCCUAACCGGAAAACUCCUUAGCUUUUAUACUCAACCCAAGGAAAAGGCGAAGAAGUGGAGGUACAUUGGAACUAAUCCACUUGUGGUUCAAAUUAACAACUACGUGACUUACGUUGGAAUUUAAGGUCGGUACCGGCUCUAAGCCUUCGGUGAAGCUGAUCGAAAGCUAGAAGAGUCAUCACCGACUGAUGGAUCCUGUAAACAGGAGAUUGGAAUGUGCUGAACAAACGGUUAAGCUAAGGAGAGAGAGACGUCUUCUGGACAACGGUUUGCUUGCUUCAUGGUAAGGAUUCAUGUCGUCCAUCAAAAGGGACGUUUUAAGUUAAACAUCAGUAAAGGGUGUCUAUCGGGUUAUGGUAUUCAACUGCUACACGCUUUGGAAUAAUGCUAUUACAAUAACAACCACUUUAUCUUGCUUCGUCACUUAAAAUCUGUCUGAACAAAAUUCGUCACGAAACCAUUGCCGUAGGAAUGCAUGCACCAACAACACCAUGUACAUAAAUGUAUAAUUCUGUUCGU